AUGCCGUUACAUCACCACGAAGAUCGACAAUCACUGGUCGACACGAUCACGUUCCUGGAGACGGAGGUCUCGAAGCUGGCCGUGGAGAACGAGGCAUUGCAGCGGGACCUUAAGCGCUUCGACCGUGAGCGUCGAUCUCUCGAAUCGAGGAGCAUCAGCAGCCAGCGACAAAUUGCCGAUCUGGAGAAAAUGCUGAGAAUGCGAGAUGACCAGCUUGAGCGUGCCGAUCGGCACAUUCGCGAGUUGUCGGAAAAGGUGCGCGAUCUCCAGGAGGAUCGUCAGCACCUCGACCAUGAUAUCCAUCACACCGAGGAUCGCUACGAGCGCGAAUUACAGGUGGCUGAGCGCAAGAAUCGACAAUUACGCGAGCGUAUCGAUACGCUGGAGGAGACCUGUACGAGGCUAAAGAAAGAACGGGAUCAACUGCAACAACAGCCGCUUUCCCUCGGCAAAUCGCACACGGACGUAGCCGAUGAUCUGCUUUUUGUCCGCGAGCCGAGCCACGCUUCUAUAAAGGGCUACAACACGCCAAACGGCAAUUUACCGCGGUCAAUGAGUUAUCAGAAUCUGGUGCGCCCUCACCCGUGCAGUUGCCAAUACCAAUGGAAU